UGCCGGCCCGGGCAGGUUGUUUGCAAAGAAACCACUUCGAGUCAGCGGCGGCUGUUUGUUACAGUUCACUUCACUUCACCAUCGUCCUCACCUCCUUCCACUCACUCACAAUGACUAGAUGAAUAACCGCCACCGAUUUUUCUUUAGUUUCAUCAAACUUUCCUUCUUCUUCUUCUUGCUUCUUUCCGAACCAUCAUAAUCAGAUACAAAUUAGUCGAGUUCUUAGUUAUGUCAAAUAUGAAUACUACUACUAGUACGAGUUCUUCACUUGCUUCCUCGUUUCAUUCUUUGCCGCCUUCUCCUUUUCAACGCUCUUCUCUCCGUCACCGUCAGUUGAGCUUAUCACAAGGGUUGCUUCUCAACCAGAUAACAAGUUCUCAGCUGCGGAUAUACACUAAAGAGUCAUGGUUAGGUAAAUCAUGCCAAUAUAGGUUUAUGAACGGAAGGCCGCAGUUAAAACGGAGGUUCCAGAAACAGCAAAAUGCUCCUUUUGUUGUCUCCGACGAUCAGUCACAAUACAAUGAGCUUAAAGAAGCUGCUUCAGUGCCAGAAGACAACGAUAAUAUUGAUCAAGAUAUCUCUCCUGCUAGCAACCCGUCUUUUCAAUUAUCAGGGAGUGAUGGAAAACCAGGUUUAAUAUCAUUCUAUAACCGCCCAUACAGAAGAGAUGGUGAGAUUCUUUUAUCGAAUCCAGAGAGGAGUCAAAAUAGCAUAUUGUGGUUUGUGGGCCCUGCAGUCCUUGUGGCUUCUUUCAUUUUUCCUUCACUCUAUUUGCGUAAAUUGCUUUCCAUCAUUUUUGAGGACUCUCUGUUAACAGAUUUCCUCAUAUUAUUCUUCACAGAAGCAAUUUUCUAUGGCGGUGUUGCUGCGUUUCUUGUUCUACUGGAUCAUUUACGAAGACCAGUACAGUUGGCUACUGCAGUGAAAAAUACUGAUACUCUGCCCCCUCAACUGGGACAGAGAAUCUCUUCUGUUGCUACCUUAGUACUUAGUCUUGUAAUUCCCAUGGUGACUAUGGGUUUGGUCUGGCCAUGGACAGGCCCUGCAGCCUCUGCAACUCUUGCUCCAUACUUGGUUGGCAUAGUUGUCCAAUUUGCAUUUGAGCAGUAUGCUAAAUAUCGGAAGUCACCUUCAUGGUCUGCAAUUCCAUUAAUCUUUCAAGUGUAUAGGUUGCAUCAACUAAAUAGAGCAGCACAAUUGGUGACAGCUUUAUCAUUUACAGUUAGAGGAGCUGAGUUAACUCCACACAACAUGGCUAUAAACAGCUCUUUGGGUACCCUUCUAAAUGUUCUACAAUUCCUUGGUGUUAUUUGCAUUUGGUCUCUUUCAAGCUUCCUCAUGAGAUUUAUACCAUCUGCUUCCCCAUCAAUGCAGUGAAGUAAAGAAUUUCUUGUAAAAUUUGUGAACAAUGUCAUCUUACAUAUCAAAGCACCCAAACUUAAUCUUUUGGCAGAAUCUGUACAUGUGCUUGUAAUUUUUUUUUGGGUGUAAACUAUAGACUCUAGUUGAACAUUUACUAAUCCUUUGACUCUUUCGGAUUAUAAA